AUGCGCGUCGUGCCGCGCAACGACAGCGACCCCACGUGGAUCUUCCGCGAGCCCACCGUCGACAUCUUCAAGAACGCCAGCCUGCGCGCGGCGCCGCCGCAGUCCGGCCGCGACCCGCGCCACCCGACGCCGGUCUUCACCGGCGACUUCCACAUGGAGUUCUGCGACAACGUGCGCCAGCUGCUGCAGGCCUACUUCCGCGACUUCUCGCUCGAGAAGCUCGACCGGCCGUGGAGGGCCUUCUCGGGCAGCUGGAGCCGCGCCGCCAUCGCGCGACAUCUGGGCAUCAACGCCACCUAUCUCACGGGCGGCUACUCGUUUGUGCUGGUGCGGGUGGCGCGGCACCGCGAGCGCGCGCGGCUGCUGGGCGGGGGCGGAGCCGGGGGAGAAGACGCCGCUCCGCAGCCCGAGUUGGAGGAGGCGGUGGCGCGGGAGGCAGAGCUCGUCAGCCCCGGGGACGCCGCCUCGGUCGUCAACUUUGUGCGCAGCUUCGGCUCCCACUACAUCGCCUCCUACGUCACCGGCAACUCGCUCUAUCAGGCAAGUGCUCACCUGCCAGGUGGUCGCGAGUGGGAUCCCCUGCUCUGGGCUAUGUGCUAUGUGCGGGUGCUUUUAAAAGCUUUCUGGCGUAUCGCCGUUUUCUUUUCAUUUGCGGUCCUUUCCCUUGGUGAUAAAACAACAUUUCUCCUGCAUCACAUGUGA